AUGCAAGAGGCACGACUAACUUCUAAAGCCGACUGGAAACAUGCCAAAUUCAUCUCAGACAAAGGGGCAACUCUAGGUUGCGAUUAUGCGGGUACUGUCCUCGAAAUCGGUCCCGACGUGCAAGCUUCGGUUGAGGUUGGAGAUCGUAUUGCUGGUUGGGUCCACGGCGGCAAUGUUGGCAAACAUGAAGAUGGCUGUUUUGCCGAGUACGCCAUGGCGCGAGACGGCAUAUUCGCCAAAAUCCCAGACAAUAUGAGCUUUGAGGAAGCAUGCACGCUUGGUAUAGGUAAGCAUGUUCAAGUCAAACUCAGGCCCCGAAUGCUAACAUCCUUUGCAUGCGUAAGCACUGUAGGACUUGCGAUGUACCAAACUUUCGACAUACCCUGGCCAGAGGAACCUGCCAAGGAGUCGACCUUCAUUCUGAUCAAUGGUGGCAGCUCUGCUACGGGAACACUUGCCAUACAAUUUGCUAAAUUGUCAGGUCUGGAGGUCGUCGCGACUGCCUCCCCACAGAACUUCAGGCUACUGAGAAGCUUAGGAGCAGACCACGUCUUUGACUACAACUCGACAAGCUGCGUAAAGGACAUUCAAGCGCUGACAGGUGAUUCGCUGCAAUACUGUCUGGAUUGCGUGUCUUCUGAAGAAUCAAUGAAGCUCUGCUCUGCAGCACUGUCUUCGCGCUUGCCUGGGUACUAUUCUUCACUGCUUGGAAGGGUACAGUUUCCCCGGAAAGGCGUGCAGACGAGCGCAAUCAUGGCCUACACGAUCUUUGGGGAAGAGUAUACCAAAAUGAAUGUGACCACACCUGCAAGUCCUGACGACUGGCAAUUUGGCGUCGAAUUUUGGGCGCUGGCUCAGGACCUCCUCGAAAGAGGAAAGUUCAAGCCGCAUCCUUUCCAGGUAGGGGAAGGUGGUCUUGAUGGCAUUCUACAAGGGUGUGUUUCAUGCCGUCAAUUCUCUACUGUGAUUGAGACUGACAAAUUCUAG